UAAUUAUAAUUUAUUAGUAAAUGCUUUUUUAAGACGUCAAUAAACCAUUGCUUAGAAACAAAUUGGUGUUGUGAUAGUCUAUACGAAGUAUAAGGUUUUAGAUGGUACGAGAGAAUGUCUAGCUAAAUCUUGUUCUUGAGUUAUCAGAAGAAAUUGACCGACAUGCAGUACUAUGAAGUUUUAUUUCUUAUGUUUGUUAAUAAUGGUAUCUCAGUUAAUUAACUACCAAGUUAUCUUGUUAGAGUUUAAAAACAAUAAUAGUAUUGUAGAAACACAAUGGAACGUCUUUAACCAAAGUAAGAAUACAAUUUAACCAGAAUAAAAGAAUUAGAUUGAAAAUUAUAAUUAAAUAGUAAAUACAUUUUUAAGACGUCAAUAAGCCAUUUUGUAGAAAUAAAUUGGUGUUGUGAUAGUCUAUACGAAGUAUAAGGUUUUAUAUGGUACGAGAGAAUGUCUAGCUAAAUCUCGCUGUUUAAUUAUUAGAAGAAAUUGACUGAGAUGCAGUACUACGAGGUUUUAUUUCUUAUAUUUGUGGUUAACUUGUCGUUAUUAAAAUGUGACGAAAACUUGACUGCUAGAAAUUGCAUUCCCUACAAAGAUGUGUUACCGCAUGGGCAAUGUUUUGAUGCUUUGUCGAAGUAUAAUAUCUACAAUUAUAACAUGGAGGAUCUAAACAGCACUGACAGAAUUUUGAGAAUAGUCUUUUCGCUGGUUUCUGGUUGGAAGAAUGCCGAAAAUCACACAAAGAUGAUAGUGAUUAAUAGACAAUUGCAAGAACACCUAGAUGUGUGCAGUCAUUUGCCCGAAUUUGCAACAAAUUUGAAAAAUAUCACUGAAGUAUACAAGGAGAAGAUCUCAUUAUUCUUUAGUUGCUUCUCUUAUGAUAUCAAGUGGAUUCUUUGCCAUCUAACACAUUCAGUGUGCCUACAAUCACAUGUUGAUGCUUCAGUUAUACUAUCUCCACCUUGUAAAUCAACCUGCGUCAAUGACAAGUGUUUUGCUUUGUUCAAACAUGUUUACAAUCUGAUGAAGGAUUUACGUAGUAUCUGCCGUGCAUCGAUACCUCGCUUAAAUGACAGCAGAUUUAAUCUAAAUUGUCAAGUUUUGCCUGAAGCGAAUAAUUCCUAUUUUGAACGUUGUCAAAACAAAGAAAACCGAAACAUCCUGUAUACGCCAUACUGUUACAAUUAUACCCGAAAGGACGACAGCUAUGUUGGAGAUAUUGGUGAUGGAUGCGUAUUUUGGACUGAAGCAAAUCCGUACGUAUCAACGAGUGUAUAUCCAAAUUUGAUUAAGCAUUUUUGUAGAAAUCCACAGGGAUUUGCCACAACACCAUGGUGUUAUACUAAUAUGCAAAGCCGUGCGUGGAAAAGAUGUUACAUAAAUAAAUGUUUGACACUUGCCGAAGAAGAUGAAAAUGUGUCGACAAGGAGGCAAUGUGUCGAAUACAAGAGUAUUGUACCAAAUCAGUUAGGAUAUUGCACAAAAUAUCUAAAUAACAAAAAAGUUUAUGUGAGUUUACAGGAAGCUGCAAGGGAUAACAGGAUCCUACAUAGAUUGUCUUUGUUUCACACGCAUAAACAAAAUCCUCAUGCAGCAAUGAGACUUUUGAAGUUAUGGUUAGGUCCAUACAUCAAUUUUGGAGUGAAUAAAUUUCUAUCAAAUUUGACAAGAAUUGUUGAAUAUCUUAUGGAAGAAUUUAGCCAGCACCCAAUUCUAUUCGAAAAGUUUAUUUGUAUGGUACGAUUUAGAGUUUGCUUGACUUCGUCAAAAGAUAAAUCAUUCAUUAUUUCCUGGCCCUGCCGCAGCUAUUGCAAAGAACAUUCACGUGUUGCGCAAGAAAUAUAUAAUAUUGUUCGUCAACUGCGCCUAUUACCCUCACUAAAUUUAAGAUACUCGCCCGAUGUCAGGAAUAACUCAAUCUGUACGAUACUUCCAGAACAGAAUAUAACACACUUAGAACGUUGUCAAUUAAUUGAAGAUUCAAAUCAGAACUUCACAAAAGUGUGUUACGAAGGAAACGGAAGUGGUUACAUAGGAAUCAUUAAUGUUACGUCUUCUGGAAAAACCUGUCAACCUUGGUCUAUAAAUCCUUAUUUAAACCCUGGCUCUUACCCAACAUUAAAGGAAAACUUUUGCAGAAAUCCACAGGGUCAUUUGGAUAAACCUUGGUGUUACAUUGACAAGUCAAUGCAACGUUGGGAAUACUGUGACGUGAAAGAAUGCAGCAGUAAUAUGAUUGAUGACAAAGAAUUGUGGAUGGAAAAUGUUUGGAUGAUUUUAACACCGCUUGGAGUAAUUAUCGUUUUGUUAGUAAUGGCUUAUUUCAUUAAAAGGCACCUGAAACAACGCAGAAAAGAACAAGAGCCAAUGGUAUCUCCUUAUCUUGAUUUCAAUUGCAACAAAGAAACUUUAUCAAACCUACUGUCACCUCCACAAAUUGAGACCAAAGUGUAAAAGGUUACCUUGUCGUUCAAUACGGAAAAAUUUCACUAAUAUUUGUUGAUGCAAUAUUGAAAAAUAUUGGACUGAUGUUGUUAAUGGUUGUAAUAGCACUGCACACCGCAUGGCUGCAAAGAGGCAACACACUUACCCUUCCCGGCAAGAUAGACAAAAACAAAAAUCACUGUAAAUUUUCAGAAAUAUCUUAUGACAAGCUUAUUCGUAAUGUACAAAACAUAAUUUUUUCUUGUCAGUUUUUACUAAUCGCAUUUCCAAGUUUCUUUCUUAUUAAAUACAAUUACUCUUUACUUAUUUUACAGUUUUUCAUAAGCCUGUAACUGACCGAAGUGAAAGCGACUACAGAGGUCGGUAUUCUCCAGCAAUGCCUGAAUAAACAGUUAGUUUAGGGAUUAUUACCUGAUUGUAAUUUGAUAACUUGAAAGAAAUUUUAUAUCAUUUAUUUUAUUUUUUCAUUUUCCGACAGCACAAAUAAACAUAUACUUAAAUAAUGAUAAAAGAUUUUUUCCUAAAAGGAACAAUGAAGGAACCACGCAAGAUUUACAACUUUACUGCACCGUUGUCAAUCACAAAUCUUUGUCGUUUGGAAUUUGGUUUGCAUAAUUUGAUGAACUGGCAGACGCAAUUACAUUUAUGUUGAAAAAAACAUUUAAAUGUCUCGUCCUUCAGAUGUUAGUGUUAAAAUUUGUGGUAUAGUUGGAAUAACUGAAAGUGCAAUAAAAAAAGGCCGCAGGUGGAAAAAGUAUUUGUGCGUAUUGGUACAGCCGGAAAUCACAUAUAAAAUAUUUUUUGUGGAGACAUUAUUGUCUUGUUGUGAUGAUUCAAACUUUUGAUGUUUUAUAGCCACUGACUUUCUUAAUGCGGAGAAGGUUAAUAUUUACACAAGGAAGUUAAGUUUUGAUGUUUUACUCUUUAAUACUGAUGGAAAUGUCCAUUAUUUUUUCAUAAAAAGCUUUUUAUAAUACCAGAUACUAUCUACUUUAAAACACGCCGAACUUAAAAAAUUGUAACGAAUCUUCCUAGUGCAUAGCAAGUGGGGAGGUAGACAAAUGUGAAAAGACAAACCUCUCUUCUAGAUUCAAAAGAUUUAUGUUUAAAUAACAAUUUGUGUCUUCCAGUGGCAGUGAAAAGUGAAACAUUUUUUAGCGUUUUUUGCAAUAAGAUUUGGCAGUUGGAUAGUCUACACUGCAAAUGCCGUCCGUGUGCUACCUAUAUAUCAUGUUUAGGUUAUAUAAACUAGAUUUAUUUUCUUCCUUUUUAUUUUAAUUAUAGUCGAUCUUAAUUAGCCUUAGUAGGCUAACGACCUUUCCUCCCAGAAAUUAUUACUUCAUUAAACUGAUAAAGUUUAAAUUUUAUUGCAUUCUAUUUAAUAAAAUACCUUAUACAACAUUGUAUAUUUUCUCGACUCUAAAUAAAGCUAUCAAGUCAAAUCAAAUUAAAUCAGUCGAAGUUGUCUUUCGCCUUUUUAUUUCCUUCUUUGGCCUAAAUCAGAUACUUUUUGUCUGACUUCUGAAACCUCAUCUAGAAAUUAGUCUGAUCUUCUCUGCAUUUCCUUGUUUUUUUCAUAGGAUUCGAAACGCCACAAAAAAACCUAUUUCCAUAAACUAGAUUUGAAAUGUAACAAUGAACUAUCAAGUUCAGCAAAAAAAAAUCUAUUCAGGAAGUACCUAGCUAGCUAUUAAUAAAGUCUUAUGUAACUUGUUAAUAAAACAGCACACCAUUUUUCCAAACUUUAAAGGCGCUUAUUGCAGUCACCAAGGUAAUUUUUCUUGUACAUUUUAGUGGUGAGACAAUACAAUAUGUUAGUACUUUUUUGUUGCUGGAAUAUAAAAUCCGGCCUGAUGAAGUUCCACCAUUGUUGGUCGCAUAAGUUAACGUAUUGCACAAACUGGCCAUAUAUUAGCCAAAAAUCACCACAGUAUUUUUCGUCGUCUUCUGUCAUAUCAAAGAGACAAAAAACCUGGGGGCGAGGGUGACAUCCUGUUGUUACCCCGUACAGCU